AGGGAAGCAAUGCAUUAAGAACUGCCAUACGGCAUCUAUAUCAAGGUCUUAUCCAAAGGGAUAUGAGUAACAUACAAAGAAAGAACACACUGGAGAAACAAGGCAGAGUAGACCCGAUGCAGUGGAGGAAGGGAGGUGAAGACACUCGCGCAACCUGUGGUCGGUCGAUCCAGCUAUGGGACACCCUUCAAAUCUACUCGAGAGAGGAUGGCGUGAGAUCUCCAGGACACCGCGGCAGGGAUCCAGACCGGCGAAGGCCAAAUCUGGACAACCAACGAGCCCCUACACCGGAAAGAGUCGAGGGUCGCCGGACUUGUAAAAACAACCUGUACAAGAACACAAAACAACACAAACAACCAGAAAAUAGAAAAAACCAAAAGGGGCCAUCGGAAAGGGACUCAGAAACCGAUAGACCCCGAAGUGUCAUCGGAGGAAGCCGAAUAACCCCGAAGGGUCAUCAGAGGAAGGAGCACAGGCCGGCUCCAGCAUGCUUGAGCGGCUGGGGAGCCCAGCGGCUCAAGCAUCAAAACCUCGGAAGCUCAAAGGCUUCCGAUCAAAACAAACGCAGCGCCAGAGAAGGAAGCAGAAGCAAGAGAGAAGGGAGAGAAAAGGAGGGGGAGAGAGAGAAAAGAUUAUCAAUCAUAGAGGACUUUAAUACAUUGUCCAAGACAACAUGAGAUGAGACUGCGAUUGCCUUAAGAAAAAAGGACUCCAAGGGAUUGCGAUGAGAUAACUUUUCUCCUGAAAUUUUUGGCAGUCGUUCGAGAUAAGGGCUCUAGAAAAGCCUAACGUCACCAUUUAUCGUCCUUCUUUUUGGAGGUUAGCUUUUGUCUCUUUCAACUCACCUUUUUCAAAUUUUCUUUAUAUAUUUAUUUUUGGUAAAUAAAAUCAGUAUAAGAGU